AUGAAGUGUAUUUCUGUAUUCUUGAUUGCUCUUCUUGCUAUCGGAGUAUUCUGUUCGAAGCAUAAGAUGGAAGGACAGACUGGAAUGGAUUCUCAAACAAAUACUCAGACAUUGGAUAAUCAAAUGGAUAAAGUACAUCGCCGUCUGUUCCGUCGUCAAAUGCCAUACGGAACUUAUGGAAAUGUUCAAUAUGGUGGAUCCGGCAUCUCAGCAGGAAACGGAUGGAACGGAGGAAUUGUUGGAUCAGCACGUGGAUUUGGAUUCGGAACAGGAUCCGACGGAUAUCACUAA